ACAACCGAGUUUGAGACAUCAGGUUCGGAUUUGUGUACACAAUUUGCUUUGCUUUCCCUUCCAUUGUAGUAUUGAUUCCUAUGGCCAUUUCAUAUAAUAAUGCAUUUAUGGUAAAUUGCUCCAUUCACAAAAGACCCUUGCAUGUCUCAGACAAUAACUCUGCUUUCAAGCCAAUGAUCAUGAGAGCUGUGUCUCAAGUCCCCUUGCAAAUCAAUGAUGUUAUGAAAAGCACUGCGGUUAAAUUAGUUGAUGCUUUUGUGGAUUCAUUCUUUGAAUUCAUUGACAAGCCAUUGCUUGUUCCAUCUCAGAGUAACUUUGCUCCGGUGGAGGAGUUGGAGGAAGCCAUACUUAUAACCACCAUUCAAGGACAAAUACCAGAUGGUUUCCCACAGGGUGUUUACAUCAGAAAUGGAUCAAAUCCUCUCUUUGGAGGCCUGAAAUCAACAAAUUCUAUCUUUGGGAGGUCAAGUCACAUUUGGGUGGAAGGGGAGGGAAUGCUUCAUGCCUUGUAUUUUAAAAACUCAAGUCAUGGGGAUUGGACUGUCAUCUACAACAACAAGCAUGUUGAGACCGAAACUUACAACCUUGAAAAACAAAGGAACAAACCAUUGUUUCUACCGGCCGUAAAAGGCGAUUCGCUAGUCAUUUUGUUUUCUUAUCUGCUAAACUGGAUGCGAUUUGGAGAAGUAAACAAAUACAUGAGCAACACCAAUGUCUUUGAGCAUUCAGGGAAGUUUUACUCAGUUGCUGAAAGUCACAUUCCACAAGAGAUUGAUAUCUUUACCCUUAAAACUUCAAACAACUGGGAUAUCAAUGGAGCGUGGAACCGACCUUUUAGCAGUCAUCCAAAGAAAGUUCUAGGUACAGGGGAACUAGUUACAUUAGGGGUGUCACCAACUAAACCUUUUGCUGUAGUUGGAAUUGUUUCGGCUGAUGGAAAAAAAUUAAUUCAUGAAGUUGAUCUUAAACUAAACAGAUGCGUUCUUGGACAUGACAUAGGUGUUACACAAAGGUACAUUGUGAUCAUGGAUUUUCCACUCACCAUUGAUCUAAACAGAGUUCUCAGGGGAGGCCCAUUAAUAAAGUAUGAAAAAGAUGAUUAUGCAAGGAUUGGGAUAAUGCCACACUAUGGUAAUGCCAACUCAAUCAAAUGGUUUGAGGUGGAACCUUAUUGCACCUUUCACAUUAUCAAUUCUUUUGAGGAUGGUGACGAGGUUGUAGUGAGGGGCUGCAAAGCUCUUGAUUCAGUAAUUCCUGGACCUAACCCGAAUUCGAAUGAACUUGAUUGGUUUUCCCGUUGUUAUGAAUGGAGAUUGAAUAUGCAAACUGGGGAGAUAAAGGAGAAAUAUCUCUGUAAAUCAAAUAUAGUGUAUAUGGAUUUUCCUAUGAUCAAUGAAAACUUCAUAGGUGUUAAGAAUAGAUAUGCAUACACACAAGUAGUUGAUCCUGCUGCAAGCACUACUCAAGUCGGGCCAAAAUAUGGAGGUUUAGCAAAGCUCUACUUUGAAGAAUCAUGUGAAGAGUUCUCUAUGAUAGACAAAGAGAAACCUGAAGAACCAAUAAAGGUGGAAUACCACAUGUUUGAGAAGAAUGUAUUUUGUACUGGAGCAUCAUUUGUGCCAAAAAAUGAGGGUGUUGAAGAAGAUGAUGGUUGGGUCAUCACUUUUGUUCACAAUGAAGAUACUAACACAUCUCAAGUUCAUAUAAUUGACACAAAGAAGUUUUCUGGUGAGACAGUUGUCAAAAUCACUUUUCCUCACAGAGUUCCAUAUGGGUUUCAUGGAGCUUUCAUGCCAAUCUCAUUCCAGGAUCAGUAGAACCAUAUUCUAUAUAUGUAUAGUGUUUUAAAUUGAGAUUCUUGUUUGAUGACACUUGGGACUUGAAUCUAUCUUAUAAUCGCAUCGAAAAUAACAAUGUUA